AUGUCUCUGCCGAGCGCCACUUCCUCAUCGCUGACGCUCGCCGAAGCCACCCAAGACGAGAAAGUCUACAUCUGGACUCGCCACCAACACGUCUGGGCCCCAAGGCUCACGCCGCAGGCCUAUGUCGACAGAGAAGAGUACUUGCUCACCUCGCAGCUCGCCCGAGACGGCGGCCACACCUCCUGGAUCCUCACAGAUCCCACCAGCACCGACGCCCACGGCGCCCCAGGAGGCCGUCCCAUCCUCUCCUCCGUAGAGACCUACCGCAAGAGAGCCAUCGUCCGCGACCCAGACGGCACCGUCCGCGACGUCACCGCCCACGGCCUCGCCAGCGUCUUCACCUUCGACGAGUUCCGGCGCCGCGGCUACGCCGGCCGAAUGCUGGCCCUGGUCGGCGAGUCCCUCGCCAAACAGCAAGCCCGGGAGCCCGGCAGCGCCGAGUUCUCCGUCAUGUUCUCCGACAUUGGCAAGGACUUCUACGCCAACCACCAGUGGAUGCCGUUCCCAAGCACUCACAUGAGCUUUCCCGCCAAGCCGCCGCCCGCCACGCGCCCCGACGACCAGCUCACGCCCGUCACCGGCGACAACUUGCCCGCCGUCGCCCAGCUGGACGAGCAGACUCUGCGCCGCAAGCUGGCCGGGCCCCCCGGCAAGGGGUUCAAAGUGCGGGCAGCCAUCGUGCCGGACUUCGCCACGUACGACUGGCAGCUGGCCAGGGAGAGACUCAUCUGCAACUACAUGCUGGGCAGGGCGCCCGCCGUCCACGGGGCCAUCUACACGCCCGCGGACGCCUCGGGCUCGCGCGUCUGGAUGCUCUGGUCCAACGUUUGCCACGGGGGCCAGGAGAAGCCCGAGGACAAUGUUUUGAAUAUCCUUCACUACGCCGUCGAGAAUGACGCCAUUUCGGACGAGGACAUGUCGAGGGCACUGGAGGCCAUUAUGGGUCUUGCGCGCAGCAACGCCCGGGACUGGCUUUGUGCCAAGAUAGACAUGUGGAAUCCUGACGAGCGGACGCAAAGACUGCUGCGGAAUAUUCCUCAUCUCGAGGGCGAGCUUGUUACUCGCGAGGAAACAAACAUUCCGGCCCUCAGGUGGUUUGGUCACGGUCCCGUGUCUGACGUCGAGUGGGUUGAUAAUGAAAAGUUUGAGUGGUGUUGA